AUGAGAGGCUGGGGCGAUGACGACCUGGAGGAUUUUGAGACAAAGGGAACGAAAAGACUCCGCGCCUCGCUGCCGGGUUGUGACGUGCACAUGGCAGAACCAGAACCUGAGGCCACCUCUCCCUCAGCCGGGGAGAAAACGGCCGCACAUCCUGCACAGCAGUCUUCCAAAAAGCGGCUCAAGAGGCCAAAAAUUUACUUUGGAACAAGAACGCACAGGCAGCUAGCGCAAAUUACGCAGGAACUGCGGCGAACAAGCUACAAGCACGUCAGGAUGACUGUACUGGCCAGCCGAGAGCACGCCUGCAUCCACCCGAUAGUGUCGCGCUCCGCCAACAAGAACGACGGCUGCCGAGAGCUCCGUGACCGGUACAACCAGGAGGGCUGCGGCUUCUUCUCGGGCGCCAGCCAGCGGCUGCACCAUCCCGAUCAGCUGGCGGCCUUGGGCCUGGAGGAGGCGUGGCCACUGGAGGAGCUGGUCGCCGUCGGCCGCCGUAUCCGUGCCUGCCCUUACUACGGCGCGCGCAACCUGAAGGAGGCCGCCGACAUUGUGUUCUGCCCUUAUAACUACCUGGUGGAGCCAGGCAUCCGCGAGUCGCUGGAGAUCAACCUGCAGAACCAGGUGCUGAUACUAGACGAAGCGCACAACAUCGAGGACAGCUCGCGGGAGGCGGCCAGCCAGACGUUCCAGCAGGCGCACAUCCAGGACGCCAUCAGGGACCUGGAAAAGUGCGGCAGCGGCGGCCGCAAGACGCAGGCCGAGUGUCGGGACAUGGCACGCAUGCUGUCACACAUCAGCCAGUGGAUGGAUCGACACUCAGACAAGCUGGACCAGUACCGCGAGUUCGACCGGUCGUCCAAGAUCCUGACAGGCACCGACAUGGUGGCGCACUUCACCAGCAUGGGCAUCGGAUACGACGCGUUCCCCGAGCUGCGAGCAUCUUUCACGGCCCUCAUGGGGGAGGAGUUGGAGGCCGGCGAGGAGGCGCUGAGGCAGCAGCAGCACGUGCAGCGGCUGACCAGCGGCACCACCGCCCUGCUGGGCAGCCUGCUGCGCGAGCUGGGCUUCAUCUACGGCGAGAACAUGAAGCACCGCGACGACUUCCGGAUCGCGCUGGUCCGCUCCAUGGCGCGUCAGCAGACGCCGAGCGCGCAGGGUGGCUGGCAGUCGGCCCGGCCGCGCGCCGCCCAGCCGGCCUGGGCGCUGGCUUUGCACUUCUGGUGCCUGAACCCGGCGGUGGUGUUCGCGCCGAUCGGCCAGGCGGCGCACAGUGUCAUCGUGGCGUCAGGCACGCUCUCGCCGCUCAGCUCGUUCGAGUCCGAGCUGGGCGUGCCGUUCCGGGUCAAGCUGGAGGCCAGCCACGUCAUCGCGCCCGAGCAGGUGUACGUGGCAGCCAUCAGCCACGGGCCGCAGGGCGGCUCGAUGAACGCCACGUACCGAAGCUCGGAGCAGUUCAGCUUCCAGGACGAGCUGGGCGGGCUGGUGCUCGGCGUGUGCGCCGCUAUCCCCAACGGCGUGCUCUGCUUCUUCCCCUCGUACUCCAUGCUCGACAAGCUGGCCAGGAGAUGGCGCGCGACAGGGCUGUGGGAGCGGCUGGAGGCGCGCAAGCCGGUGCUGUGCGAGCCGCGACGCUCUGGCGAUUUCAGUGAGAUGAUGCGCGAGUUCCGGCACCUGGUGGACGGCGACGAGGCCGGCGCCCUGCUGCUCGCCGUCUGCCGCGGCAAACUCAGCGAGGGCAUCGACUUCUCCGACGAUAGCGCGCGCGCCGUCAUCACAGUGGGCAUCCCGUACCCGAACGUGAAGGACAUCCAGGUGGACCUGAAGAAGCUGUACAACACGGCGCACGCCUCAAGCCGCGGCCUGCUCAGCGGUCACGAGUGGUACGGCAUCCAGGCCUACAGGGCGCUGAACCAGGCGCUGGGCCGCUGCAUCCGGCACCGGUACGACUGGGGCGCCAUCUUGCUGGUGGACGACCGGUUCGGGCGGCCGCGCGGCCUGGACGGCCUGUCGCGCUGGCUGCGCAGUCUGGUGCGCCAGCCGGCCGACUGGCUGACCGUCGCUGGCGCGCUGCGUCAGUUCGCCGCCGACAUGAAGCUCUGGUCCGAGGAGCAGCGCCGCCAGCGCCAAGCCGAUGCGACUGAAGCGGCCAGUCUGGUUGCCUCCGCGGCUGUUGUUGACGCCGAAUGUCCAAAGCCAUUCGCCGCCUCUAUCGCCACGCCACCGAUGUCGCCCGCCAGUGACCGUUCGCCGGGCCCGACAUCUGUCGUCGGGAUCGGGCAGUUCCAGUAUACCAGUCCGCGACCAGGUGGUGCUAAAGGCGGCCAGCAAGUGCUGUGUUUACCGGUGUCGAAGGCUCCGCGAGUGCCGGGCGCUCCUAGCCAGGAGAUCGUGACAGUGAACGGGGCACGCUUUUUGCGCCUCACAGACCAGGGGCAAUCACGGCUAGUACCGCUUCUGACACCGCACGGUGUGCCCGCGGCCGCCGUGUUGGAGACUGGACCGGCCUCUCCGGCGACUGGUGACGGUGCCGACCAAGAAAUGACAUUGCCGUCGGCAGAGAAGCGGCCCCGCCGUUCCAGCUCGAGCCCGGGAGAGCCCGCCCCGGAGGACGCUGCGCGGGCUCCCUCCCCGGUCCUUUUUGGAGACGGGGAAGGCGCAAACAACACGAACGCGGUCCAACCAGUUUCCGGCAGGCGGCCCAUGUUCCGGCCGGGGCGGCUCGCUGACCGCCGGUCGCAGGCGGAGACCCAAUCACCGGAGGUGGUCAGGAAGACGCUGUUGACAGCCGGGUGCACCGCGCGUGCUCGGCCGGCGACCCGGCGCACCAGGGGCGUCAUCUUCAUCAGCUCUGAUGAAGAGGACUAGCUGCCGCGGGCGCGGAGCUCGCGCCGCCACGGACGGCAGGCGCGUGGCUGGGAGCGGCACGGUAGGCUGCCGUCGACGGGCAGGCCAGAGCUGCAGUUGCCGGCGACGUGUGCUGCUCUGGACAGAAAAUACAGUGAGGGAUCUGAAAUGUUUUGUUUUUUUACCAGAACAUCUUGUAAUUGCGACGAAUUUGAUACACAAAUCCACUCAUCUCAGUGGCCGCGAUGAACUGUGGGUAACUUGA